GAAACGAAAGUCUGAAAAUCACCAAAACCUAAGGUAUAAAAUCUCUUGCACUCCUUUGAGCCUAGAGCAGAGAAGUCUGAGAUCUUUUAGAGAACACCACUCAGUCAUUUUGUCCCAAGACUGAGAGAAGGUGGUGGCAGUUUAAAUUCAACCUGUAUUCCAAAAAAGAGCAGAAGAACAUCUGAAGAUGAAAACACUAUUACUGAUUGCAACUUACUUUCUUUGGGUGACUGCAUUUCCAAGAGAUAAUCCCCUGGCAAAAUGUUUCCAAGAUAAAGACUACAACAGUUUGCUAAAAAUAGCAAAGCGAGGUCUCAAGAAGACUUCAAACCCUAAACGUGUAGUGAUUGUUGGAGCCGGAAUUGCUGGGUUAACUGCAGCAAAGGUUUUAGAAGAUGCAGGGCACAAGGUCAUAUUACUGGAAGCCAGUAGCCGUAUAGGAGGACGAAUACUUACUUAUAGGAAUAAAGAAGCUGGAUGGUAUGCAGAAUUAGGAGCAAUGAGGAUUCCUACUUAUCAUCAGAUUGUCAUGACAUACAUAAAGAAGUUCAACCUUUCCGUCUCUGAGUUUGUUGAGUACAAUGCAAAUACAUGGUUUGCUGUAAAUAACAUUGUAAAGAGAACCUACGCUGUAAGAGACAAUCCUGACCUGUUGGCUUACAAGGUGAAAGACUCUGAAAAAGGAAAAUCCCCUGAUGAGCUUUUUCAAGAAAGUUUGGCUCAGGUUUUAGAUGACUUCAAGGCUAGCAACUACAGCUGCAAGAAAGUAAUGAACAUGUAUGAUUCCUACACUGUCAAGGAAUACUUCCUUAAGAAAUCUAAUCUGAGCAGUGAAGCUGUCAGAAUGAUUGGAGAUUUGCUGAACAUGCACAGCUUUAUGUUUCUGUCAUUCCCUGAAAUGCUGCAAAUUCAAUAUGACAUCAGUGACAUUGUCAAGUACAACGAGAUUGUUGGAGGGUUUGACCAUCUCCCAAGAGCAUUCUCCCAACAGCUUUUUAGCCCUCUUUAUUUGGAUUCAAGGGUGGAGAAAGUGUCACAAAGUGAAGAUGGGGUGUCUGUAUUUUUUUGGCAUCAACAUAAACAGCGUAAUAUCAGUGCUGACUACACACUCCUCACUCCAACUGCCAAAGCUCUCCAGAUGGUUGAGUUCCAACCACCACUAUCAACAAAUAAGUUUGAAGCUAUCAAGAACAUUCAUUAUUCUGGUUCUACAAAGAUAUAUUUAAGUUUCCGUGUUCGUUUUUGGGAGCAAGAAGGAAUUUUUGGAGGCAAGUCAAUAACAGAUAACCCCUCUCGAUUCAUCUACUACCUCAGCCAUGAGUUUGAAAAUAUGACUGGUGGAGUGAUCUUGGCUUCUUACACUUGGUCAGAUGAAGCCAUGCUAUUUGUUGGUUUAAGUGAUGAAGAGUGCAUGAAGGCAGCUUUAAAUGGUCUUGCUAGGAUCCAUGGUGAUCACGUUUUUCAACACUGGGAUGGAUCUGGGAUUGUGAAGAAAUGGAGCACUGACCCAUACAGUCUUGGGGCCUUUGCAGCUUUCACUCCUUAUCAAAUGUCAGAUUAUGCAGCAGAGCUUUCUUAUAAUGAGGGAAGGAUUUAUUUUGCAGGAGAACAUGUGGCUUAUCCUCAUGGAUGGAUAGAAACAUCAAUAAAAACUGCUUUAAGAGCUGUUAAGAGAAUCCAUGAAACUUGAUAAGGAAACACUUGACAGACUAAGUUUUUCUUAUGCCCUCUUUUACAUUCUUCAGAGCAUAUCAAGCAUAAACAGAAAAUAGUAAUGUAGUACAAUGCGCUGAUUUUCCACCGGUUAUAGUAACCUAUGGAGAAUAUGAGAAGGUACUAUACCUCCUUAAAUAAGAAGACCAUUUUAUUAGUGGCCUUCUCUUGUCACAAAUUCUUCACAUUCCCAAACAAUUGUAAAGGGUAUCAAGUUGUGUUGGGUUUAACCUUCAUGUGCUUACAAGUCUGUAUAACAUUGUCUGCCUUAUAUAGCACGCAGGUGCCAGCUCCUAAAAUCACAACAGAAUCGCAAGUUGUUUUAGUAUUGUAUUUGCUGAUCUACUUUAGUUUCAUAAUUUGCAGACCUAGGGAGUUCCUAUGAUUCUGAUACACAAUGGUUCCAAUGAUAACACAAGCUUGGGGUGUUUCAAUUAGUUACCAUUUAUUUUACUGAUAUACUUCAACAUAAUGAGGAGAAGAGGGCUACUUUGUGAACUUGAUAAGUAAUGCCAUUUUCCUUACCACUGUACAGUUCCUGCAGAACAUUAUUUGUCUGAUGUAGCACUUCCCCAGGCUUGCAAAAUACCAGAUACAGCUGCUGUUUCAUGCCUAAAACAGUGGUCAUUUUAUUUUGAGACUUGAAGCUGACAAAAGAACAUUUGUAGGUUACUUGAGCAAAAACUUUAAUGAAUGGAAUUUUGCAGUGGCUGGAUAGCUACCAAUCGCCUAUUAUGACUUAGAGCAGUGCUGUCCAACUGGCGGACCCCCCAUUGUGUGGCCCCCACCUGUCUAGCGGCUUACCUUUGUGUAA